AUGUACCUGACACGGUUCUGUGGGGAGCAGAGGCACUCUGCUCUCUCUCCUCGAGAGCUGAAUGCCCGUGCUGUCCCCAUUCCCCAGCGCGCACCUGAGCCCCCGGCGGCACCUCUCCCCUUCCAGCCACCUCUCGCUGCUGCUGCCAUCGCGCCUCGUUGCUCCGACCAGGAGGAAGCGGAGGUCAGGGUCCCUGAGGGGGUGCCGUGGUGGGGGAGCCAGGGGCUGGCUGAGGGCAGGGGGUGCCCGGCAGCGCGUGGCAGCUGCUCUGCCUGUCUCUCACAGCAGCUGGAGUUCAUCACCCCCUUCCAGCUGUACUUCAACCCCGACCUCAUCUUCAGGAAGUUCCAGAUAUGGAGGCUGAUCACCAACUUCCUCUUUUUUGGGCCCCUGGGAUUCAGUUUCUUUUUCAACAUGAUAUUUCUGUACAGGUACUGCCGCAUGCUAGAAGAAGGUUCCUUCCGUGGAAGGACAGCUGACUUUGUCUUCAUGUUCCUCUUCGGAGGGUUUCUCAUGACGCUAUUUGGACUCUUUGCCAGCCUGUUUUUCCUGGGCCAGGCUUUCACCAUCAUGCUGGUGUACGUGUGGAGUCGCAGGAACCCUUAUAUCCGCAUGAACUUCUUUGGGCUUCUUAACUUCCAAGCCCCCUUCUUGCCUUGGGUCCUGAUGGGAUUCUCUCUGCUCCUUGGCAACUCCAUCAUCAUCGACUUACUGGGGAUUGCAGUGGGACACAUCUAUUAUUUCUUAGAAGAUGUUUUUCCCAACCAGCCUGGAGGAAAGAAGUUGCUGUUAACCCCUGGCUUCCUUUUAAGAAAGCAGGAUAUGUUCUGCUUCAUGCUGAGGUUCAAAGUUGACCUAGAGAUCAAGGAAGCAGGAAGAUGGUAUUUGACACACCUGAAGAGGAUCCCAACUAUAACCCUCUCCCUGAAGAUCAUCCAGAAAACCAACCUAGAGACCAAGACCAGAACCAGCAGCAGCAUCCACAAUAACACAGGGGACUUCUCCAUGUGGCCAGAUUCCUCUCUUCCGGCUGGACUUAACGCUGUGGCCGAGAUCCGACUGGAAUAACACCAGUUGCCAUUCUGAUGUGUAAUGUUUCACUGUUUGUAUGGGUAACCCAUCUUCCCCUUGUACCAGGUGGUUCCACAGAGCUUUGCACUUAAGAACUGCUGAAUGCUCCCAGAGGUGUUCUAGGGACAGGGACUGGAAGUUGUGAUGUCUCCUUAGUUACCCAGUGGGGAAUAAGUAUCAAACGGGGUGUUAAACCAGUUACUCUUUCUCUUCAUGUUAAUGGCUUGCUGUGUGCCAGGUCACGCUUGCCCUCUGUACAAAGACUAGUGCUCCUGGCUCUCACUGUUGUGAGACCUCUUUGUGGGCUUUCAGUGAAGUAGUACUCCCUACUCUACCGUAGUAGAAUUCAGCUCAGCCUCUCCCUUCCCUCUGAGUCUCCCCCUCUUUUUUUGGUUGUUGUUUCCAAAGAGUCUUUACAUUAAAGUCUUUAUUUUUCA